UCCUCCAUUUCCUGUUGUGGAUUUGGAACGAGACGUUAUACCUUCAGAAUGGGAAUAAAAAGCGGAUAGAGUAGAAUAAUUGGGUGGAUGAUUUGGCCCACUAAAUGCAGCUAAACCUACAAAAACGGGCAAAGAGCGCCCAACGGAAGAAGGCUGCGAGAAACGUGUUACAACUGAAAAAUACUAGAGGCUUCAACUGUGAUAAAGCCGUUUAAAACAAGUGUACAGCCGCAUCAUGUCCAGCUCGCUCCUAUGGGCAGUGGACGUAUACGGGAAGGUGUACAGCCUAUCCACCACCAGAGGGCGCUGGGAGCGUGACGAGGACACCCUCCUGGAGCUAAAGCGUGUUACGGCUGGACAGAGGUGCAGCUGGGGAAUUGGCUGUGACCACCAUGUUUACCUCAAUAUCGACCCUGGGGAGGUGCCAAUUCGCUAUCGAGAGGAGACAUAUGAGAACCAGAGGUGGAACCCAGUGGACGGCUUCACUGACGUGCUGCUGCCUACUGACCGUUGGGCCUGGAGUGACCUCACAGGGGGGACCGCCCAGCCACUGCACAGCUUCCUGUUGCCCUCAAACAGCUGGGAGUGGGAGGGGGACUGGUACGUGGACCAGGUCUGCGCUGGAGGAGACCCCGUUGAAACUGGGGGCUGGGAGUAUGCAGUGGACUUUCCUGCUAACUUCUCCAGGGAGAAGAAGUGGAACUCGUGUGUUUGUCGCAGGCGAUGGAUUAGAGACAGGAUAUACAAAGCCAGAGGCUCUUGGACCAAGAUCCCCUUGGACCACCCCAAGCAGCCCCCUCUCCCCCUCAGUGACGUUAGCUGUGGAGGCUGGGAGAUGAGUGACCAACCCGGGCGAUAUCACUUCCUGUGGGGUGUGUCCCAACAAGGACAGGUGUGGUUCAGGAGUGGCAUCCUGCCACAGGUCCCCGAGGGCCAGUGCUGGGAGCAGGUGGAGGCCCCCAGGGAGGUGGCCCAGAUCUCUGCCGGACCAGGGGACUUGCUCUGGGCUGUACUCUGGGACGGACAGCUACUGGUCCGUACAGGCGUCUGCCUGGACAGCCCUACAGGUUCCUCCUGGGUGGUGGUGGAUUCUCCCCCAGUAAACGAGGGCGGAACCAUCCAUGUUGCUGUGGGGGUCAGUGUGGUGUGGGCUGUCACUAAGGACUACAAAGUGUGGUUUCGGCGGGGGGUGAACUCCCAUAACCCCUGUGGCUCAGGAUGGAUCAGCAUCGGUGGGGAGAUGAUGAUGGUGGAUGUGGGACUCAAUGACCAGGUGUGGGGAGUUGGAGAGGACCGUGGUCUGUAUUUCAGGAAGGGUGUCACCCCAUCGGAGCCCAGUGGUAGGGGCUGGAUACCUGUUUCUGCCCAAUGGGGUCACAGCAAAGAGAUGGUCCAACCCAGUGCUGCCUGUGAGUUCGGGGGACAGGUGACCAAUGCUUCCCAUGGCUCUGUUCUGACCUGUGAGGACUCAGGGGACACAGAGCUCCUCCUCACCACCAACCCCCCAAGGCCACAGGACACCCCCAAAGCCUUCAUCCCCACCAGUGACAGCUUCAUCUCCAGCCUGGUGGCUGACCGUGAGCCCCUGAGGACCCCCACACCCUCCCCCAAAAAGCCACCCCAGGGGAAGGACAGCGAGGCCACCCCAGCCCCGAUGUGCAAUGUGGACCUGGACGCAGCUCAGAGCCCCCAGGGAGAGGCAUCUUCUCUUGGCAGGGCAGGGGACGUGGGACCCCCCACCUCAGUGGCCACCUACCCCCUGGGUCUGGAGCCCUCUCUGGGUUUGGGGGAGGAGGACGGGCCUGUAUGGGCCUGGAUCUCUGGCGGAGGCUGUGAUGUGGACCAUACAGCUCAGAUGACCUGGCUCAGGCCUGCAGACCCAUGCUCCACUGCCCUGUCCAUCGCCCCUGUUGAACCAGAAGCCUCGGCGGCUAGGAAGGUCGAGACCACCACCAGUAAGGAGCCAGUGGAGAGAAGCGCGUCUGUGUGGGUGAGGAAGGGCAGCAUGCGCUGGUGGAGGGACUGGAAGCCCUAUCGCUGGGUGGAUGUGGGCGUGGCCCUGGAGCAGUCCACCAACGUCAAUGGCAAGAGGGAUGCCAUCUUCUUCAUCUACUUCACCCAGUAUGACGAGAAGAAGUACCUCCAUGUGUUUAUAAGUGAUGUGACGGUGCUGGUUCCUGUGCUCAAGGAAAACUCCCAUCAUGCCUUUGCGGUGUACACGUCAGAUAGCACAAAACAAAGAUGGCCGCUGAUCCUGGCUGCACAGACUGAGAAGGACAUGGCUGACUGGCUGUCCCUGUUGGCUGGGUGCUGCUGCGAGGCCAGAGGGAUCAGGGGAACCCCCUCCCGACAGGCCCUGUGGUCAGUCACCUCCAAGGGGGACGUGAUGGUCCACGAGCCCUCUCCCUGUCUGGAGGCCCCGGCACACACCUUGCCCUGUGACAUGAUGUUUUGGCUGCAGGUCCCGGGCCACCUGCGCUGUGUAGAGUCUAACAGUCUGGGUGUGGUGUGGGGGAUCGGGUAUGACGGCACCGCCUGGGUCUACUCUGGUUCGGGCAGCGCUGCUGAGGAAGAGCCCCCUCAGGGAGACAGGCGUAUCCUGCACACACAGACAGAUGGAAGGACUGUGUACAUCUAUGAGAACCAGCGAUGGAACCCCGUGACUGGAUACACAGACAAGCUUCUCCCCACAGACCGGUUCCCGUGGAGUGAUGACCACGGCUUUACAGAGUGCACCAAGUCCACCACCCACCCUCCCUCGCCUCAGUGGAGCUGGGUGACAGAGUGGGCUGUGGACUUGGCUUUCUCAGGAGGGACAGACAAAGAGGGGUGGCAGUAUGCAGCAGACUUCCCUGUGACGUUUCAUGGCAACAAGAGCCUGAAGGACUUUGUCAGGCGUCGGCGCUGGGUCAGGAAGUGUAAAAUCACCCUGACUGCCCCAUGGCAGGAAGUCCCGCCCAUCCUCCUAAGUGACAUCACAGUGUUGCCGUGCCUGGCUCAGAGCAGUAUGGAGCAGGUCUCAGUCUGGGGCCUCAGUGACAAGGGGGACGUCCUGUGUCGCCUGGGGGUCACCCCCCAAAACCCUGCGGGUUCCUCGUGGCUCCACGUGGGUACUGACCAGCCCUUCAAGUCCAUCUCCAUCGGGGGAGGUCACCAGGUGUGGGCCAUUGCCAGGGACAGAGCUGUGUUCUACAGGGGCUCAGUGUCUGCCAGAAACCCUGCAGGAGAGUGUUGGUACCACAUCCCUUCCCCACCCAAACAGAGCCUCAGACAGCUGUCUGUAGGGAGAACCUCUGUCUACGCCGUGGACGAAAACAGUAACCUGUGGUACAGACAGGGCCUGACUCCCAGCUACCCCCAGGGCUCAGCCUGGGAGCUCCUCUCCAACAACGUGACCAAAGUCUCAGUCGGACCUCUAGAUCAGGUGUGGGUGAUAGCAGACUGGGUCCCAGGCUGCCCCAGUGAGCUGUCUGUUCCUGGAGCUGUCUGUCACAGGCUGGGGGUGGGACCUAUGCAGCCCAAGGGCCAGUCCUGGGACUACGGCAUCGGGGGAGGAUGGCAGCACAUCAGUGUGAGAGGGAACUCCACAGAGGCUCUACGUGCCACCCCGGCCCUUACUGGAUCCACCCCCCGUAGCCCACUUUCUGCCAGGCCAGUCCUUACUGACACCACCCCACGUCCUGCCAGGCCAGUCCUUACUGACACCACCCCCCGUAGCCCACUCCCUGCCAGGCCAGUCCUUACUGACACCACCCCCCGUAGCCCACUUCCUGCCAGGCCAGUCCUUACUGACACCACCCCCUGUAGCCCACUCCCUGCCAGGCCAGUCCUUACUGACACCACCCCCUGUAGCCCACUUCCUGCCAGAAUACCUCUGUCACAGGAGAACGGGAACUCUGUGGGUCUGUAGGGUCUCUACUAACCCGCCCCUCCAUCUCUACCCACAGCCCUGUGUGCCUGAUUCCAUUUCCAAUACAACCCAGCACAAACAUGGUAAUGUUGGUCUAAAUGUAAAGAGCAUGAAUUGGUUGGAGAUUUAAAUCACUUAGUGCUGGGAUGAAACAUGUUGGCCACCUUUGACCCAGCACUGAAAGUAUUAGUGCUUCUGUCAGUUUAUCCAUUCCACGGUCUGAACUUUAGUGGCAGGUGCUAGAAGUGGUUAGGGUGAGAAAUGGAACAGAGCCUGUGUCCCAUACCAACACACGCCACUCCCUUGGACCUCUGUGUAGUCUUGCUUUGUAUGAUUUUGCUUUCUCAUUUGCCUAGUUGACACACACCUUGUAUGUAUGCUUUGGAAUUUGUUUACUGUCAUCUUGGUUUGGCCUGCAUGAUGUUUGCAAUGGAGUGGUUGAAGUAGCUUUUUCUUCAGAACUAAAAAUAUCAACUAUAGUCAUAGCUCUGGGCUUCCAUGACAAGGAUUAUUUAAUCCAUUUACAACCAGAUUUUUUUUCCUCAGAUGGUUAAAAACAAUACAGACUUGAAUAGCAUCUAUUUGCUGUGUUAUGUAUUAACAUCCAGAAUGUUAUGAAUAGGACCAGGAGUUCUGCUCACGUCACAUGAUCUGCAGAAGCUCCAGGCUCUAGUUAUGACGUGUCCCUGGUGGAUUACUUCAGUAUUCCAUGCAGAUACUGAGGCAGGGAUUCAAACAGCACUGUGCCUACAUUGCAUUACACUUAUGACAAUUUCCUGGAUGUUAGGUGAUGUCAGCUACCUUUAGAAGUGCAGCGUAAUGUCUGCGCACGUUUGAAUUCCUGUGGCCUUGACUGUUGAAGCUGUGAAUAUUCUCUUACAAGGACCGACAACUGAAAUAAAUUCCAAAACAGCUCUGCAA